CCUUCAUCUUCAUUUCGUGAUUGUCGUCGCGCUACUCGAGUCCCGCAUCCAUGACGCAGCAAGACGUUCGCCAGGCGCUGGACGCCCCCGCACUGACGGCCUACAUCCACUCGCGACUGGGCGCGUCGCACGGCGCCAUCGCGUCCAUCCGUCAGUUCCAGCAUGGCCAAUCUAACCCCACCUAUCUGCUGACAAUGGCCGGCUCGAAGGCCAAAUGGGUGCUGCGUAAGAAGCCGCACGGGCAAAUCUUGCCCUCAGCGCACGCUGUAGAGCGUGAAUAUCGUGUGUUAGAAGCGCUGGAGCACACGGAGGUGCCUGUGCCUCGCGCCGUGCUGCUGUGUGAGGACCCGAAGGUCAUCGGAACGCCUUUCUACCUCAUGGAAUACGUACAUGGCCGUAUCUUCCAAGACCCUUCGCUGCCUGGCAUUAAGCCGAUGUACCGCUACGCCAUGUACAGCUCGGCAUUGGAUGCGUUGGUUAAGUUGCACGAGCUGGACUACAAGAAGAUCGGGUUGGCCGACUUCGGUCGCCCUGAGAAAUACUGUCACCGCGUUGUGGCUCGCUGGAGCCGACAGGUGCAGGGCAGUCACAAGGUCUUCGCUGAGGCUGGAGUCAAGGAGAACCCAAAGAUGACGCAGCUGCAGCAUUGGCUAGAACAGAACGCUGACGACGCCGAGAAGGCCACGACCCGUGCAGAGGGAGCCAGUAUUGUCCACGGAGACUUCCGCAUUGACAACAUGAUCUUCCACCCGACCGAGCCACGUGUGCUGGCCAUCUUGGACUGGGAGCUGUGUACUAUUGGCAAUCCGUUCUCGGAUGUAGCCACCUUGGCGUCAACCUACAGACUGCCCCUCGACAACUCGAACACUAUCAUGACUCCUGGACUAUCAGAUGCUCCGUUGAAGAAACUAGGCAUCCCGUCGGAGAGUGACUUGUUGCUAGGAUACUGUCGUCGCGCCAGACGUUUUCCGUUAACCACUCAGACGUGGAACUUCUUUAUGGGAAUGGUAGUUUACCGCUUCGCUGCGAUCUGCCACGGAGUAUACGCCCGUGCACUACUAGGCAACGCGUCGUCGGCCAAUGCUGCGUGCGCCAAGACGACAAUGGACCGACUACUGGCUAUGAGCGACGACAUCAUGGACGCGUCGGCGGAUAUCUACCCUGAGCCAGAGUUGGAGCACAUCCUGCCCUUCCCUAUCCGUCCCCAUGCGCUGCAGAUCUACAAGAAGCUCUUGAAGUUCUGCCAGAACCGUGUGUAUCCUGCUGAGUAUGUACACAUUGCUCAGAUCGCCAAGGCUCGCGAAGAAGGUCGUGAAUGGCAGAUUGUUCCUCCUAUUAUCGACGAGCUGAAGGCUGAAGCAAAGGCUUUGGGACUCUGGAACCUCUUCCUGCCUGAGUGUGUGGUGCCAGCACUGGGCGGUAACGGACCUGACGUUAACUACGGUGGAGACCUGACCAACCUCGAGUACGGACUCAUGUGUGAAGUGAUGGGACGGUCCCUUGUGUUGGCUCCGGAGGUUUUCAACUGCUCGGCACCGGAUACCGGCAACAUGGAGAUCCUCACGCGAUUCUGCACUGUGGAGCAGAAGCACAAGUGGCUCGUUCCUUUGCUCAAGGGCGAGAUCCGCUCUUGCUUUGCUAUGACGGAGAAGCGUGUGGCUUCGUCUGAUGCCACGAACAUCGAAACGAGCAUUGUGCGUGACGAGCAGCGUCAGGAAUAUGUCAUCAAUGGCCACAAGACGUACAUCUCGGGAGCUGGGGACCCGCGAUGCAAGAUCAUCGUUCUUAUGGGUAAGCACUCCGAAAGAGCCAACGAGAGUUCAUUCAAACAGCAGUCGAUGAUCCUCGUGCCAAUGGACACGCCUGGAGUGCAGGUCGUGAGGCCUAUGCACGUGUUUGGCUACGACGACGCACCGCACGGACACAUGGAGAUGCUGUUCAAGGACGUUCGUGUCCCGUUCAGCAACGUUCUGCUCGGCGAAGGUCGCGGCUUUGAGAUCGCUCAGGCUCGUCUCGGACCUGGUCGUAUCCACCACUGUAUGCGUGCGAUCGGAGCUGCUGAACGUUGUCUUGAGCUGAUGGUGCAACGUGCCAAGACGCGGACGGCGUUCAAGCAGCUACUGGCCGAGAACCCGCUCGUGUGCUCUCAGAUUGCCAAGUCGCGUUGUGAACUGGACAGCGCGCGGUUGUUGACUCUGCAGGCCGCACAUCAGAUGGACAAGCACGGCAACAAGGUUGCUCAGCAAGCUAUCGCUAUGAUAAAGAUCGUGGCGCCCAACAUGGCGCUGGACGUGUGCGACCGUGCUAUCCAGAUCCACGGCGCUGCUGGCGUGAGUCAGGACUUUAUCCUAUCGUACUUGUACGCUGCUCUGCGCACGCUGCGUAUCGCCGACGGACCCGAUGAGGUGCACAUGCGCACCAUCGCAAAACUCGAGCUGAGCCACUCGAAGCUGUAAGAAGUGAUGGCAACCGAGGCUAGAGUUGAGAGGAGUCCAAUUUGAAUAAUGAGUGGCAAUGUAAGGCAAAAUUGAGCGUGGAAUCAUCUGUGCUGUACCGUGGGUGAAGUAGUCUACCAUCCUAGUUCGCUGUAGUUUUCUUGCGUCUGUAGAUUGCGUAGUCCGCAUAUUUAACGUAUUGUGGAGUGAGGAUGGGGAUGUAGAACGAUCGGUACGGCGAUUUAGAUCGUUCUGCAUCGAGGAACGGCUCCGAGUGCACGAGUUCCCACGUUGUGGGCUCCUCCCAGAACUUAAUUUCCUGUUGUCCUGGUAGAUUCAAAUCCACCACGUAGUCGCAAGUUUCAAGCGG